AUGGAUCUCACUUCCCUCUACGAGAGCCUCCGGUCGCUGAACCCUGACCUAGCAUCUACGGAGUCCAGCCUGGGAUGGCCUUCCCGGGGACCCUGGAGCUCGGCCGACUCCAGCCCUGCUGCGGUAGCCCCCCGCCUGCAAGGCCGCUCCACCAGCCUGGUGGAGGGACGCGCCUGUUCCUGGGUGCCACCACCUCCGGGCUUCGCACCCCUGCCACCGCGUCCGGGUCCUGAGCUGUCGCCUCCACCCACCUCGCCUACAACAGCUCUGACCCCUUCGUCCCGCUACAAGACUGAGCUGUGUCGGACCUUCUCAGAGAGUGGACGCUGCCGGUAUGGGGCUAAGUGCCAGUUCGCCCACGGCCUGGGGGAGCUGCGCCAGGCCAGUCGCCAUCCCAAAUACAAGACCGAAUUCUGCCACAAGUACUACCUCAAUGGCACCUGCCCCUAUGGCUCUCGCUGCCACUUCAUCCACAACCCCAAUGAGGACCUGGCCACCCCUGGGCAACACCCUCAUGUUCUGCGCCAGAGCAUCAGUUUUUCAGGCCUGCCGUCUGGUCGCCGAGCUUCGCCACCACCACUGGGCCUUCCAGGCCCUUCCCUGUCCUCCUGUUCCUUCUCACCCUCCAGCUCCCCCCCACCACCAGCCGGAGACCUGCCACUCUCUCCCUCUGCCUUCUCUGCUGCCCCUGGGACCCCUGUGCCCCGAAGGGAGCCCACCCCAACCUGUUGCCCCUCCUGCCGGAGGACCACUCCUGGCAAUUUCUGGGGGCCCCUAGGGAGCCUAGCUCGGAGCCCCUCUGCACACUCCCUGGGAUCAGACCCUGAUGAAUAUGCCAGCAGUGGCAGCAGCCUGGGGGGCUCUGACUCACCUGUCUUUGAGGCCGGUGUUUUUGGGCCAUCCCAAGCCCCUGCAGCCUUCCUUCGCCUUCCCAUCUUCAAUCGCAUCUCCGUGUCUGAGUGA